UUAUGGUGGUACCGCGGUGACCGAGCACACCGAUCGGCUUCGUACCUAUUUACCAUUGCCGCGGUUUUUGUGACUUGUUUAGUUAAUUUAGUUGUUUGUUUUCUUUUCAUGUUCAUUUCAAUUUUCAGUCAUAUUCUCAUAUAGUCACUUACUCGCGCGUCUACUUGCAUUUAGCCAUUCUCAAUUAUCUGCGAUUUCAUGUGGUCUAUCUGACUGUUGGUUGCCGAUCGAUAAUAAUCGAUCAUUAAUUUUGUCUACACUCUAAAGUCUUCCGCGCGAACAUCAACCAUGAAGCUGUUGACGCACAAUAUGCUGUCGUCCAAAAGUCUGGAAGGAGUCAUAGUAGGAUAUCCGCUUCGUAUUGUUGCGAAAGACAUCAGGAUAUCCCAUUAUUCGUUCAACAAGGAGUUUGUGAAGAAUAUGAUACCAAAACUCAAUUGGAAAGUUUUUGUUAACGCAGCUAAGCAAAUUGGCCUAGGAAAAGACCUGUCCGAGAAGAUAGUUGAUGGCUUUGAAAACGAUGAAGAGUAUCUCAAAAAAGUUCACCAUCUACUCAUGGAAGUAGAUGUUAUAAAUGGUAAACUGAUAUGUCCAGCAACAGACAGAGUGUUCCCAAUAGCAGGUGGUGUACCUAACUUACUGUAAAGUUAGAAUUAAGUAUUUAUAAAAAUUACAUUUAAUGAUUUCUUCUAUGUUAAAUCUUCCAUAAUUUUUUUUUAUAAUUUAAUUAGAAAAUGUAUUUAACCUGAUCUACAAUUGUGUACCGUUAAUUAAAAUUAAAUUAGUUUGUAGCAGUUAUGUAGCUGUAGUCAUUUGUUUGUGGUAUACUGGUAUGUUGGUAUAAAUACAAUUGUAUGUUCUUAUUAAAA